AUGUGGCAACGAUUAGUGCUCUUUUUAUUCAUUGCUAAUAUCAUGCGUUUCACGUCCGAACUGGGGAUUAAUCAGAUGGAUUUUUGUUGUUCUAACACCUGUUGCUGCUCAGUGUGUACCGCGGAACAAUGUCAAUUGCCAGAUCAACCGGGGAAACAAUGUCGGUGCUACAACGCAACCGAUGUAAUGUGCUGGAGAUUCAGGAAUUUUAUUUACAAACCAGAACCAAUAGAAAUACCGGAUAAAAUGCAAAUUUUUCCUGUUUUACCAGGACAAUCUGUAAUGGCACAACUAGUACCACUGGGUACUAUCACAGAAUUGGACAUCGAUCCGUUAUGCUGUGCUGUUGGAAAUUGUCCAACUUGGAUAAAGUGCAAGCAUCCUUUAAAUGUAAAACGGGAUCAGUCAGGUAUUCAUCGCAGUUCAAAACUCGAAGUUUUGUUUAUGAAUGAAUAA